UUCCUAUUUCGGAGCCAGCCCGGGCUUCAUCUCUGCUGGAGUCUCCUCCGUGCUGCUCAAAAUGGUGCUUUUUCUCAGUUCAACACAGAGUUGACUCAAAGGCCAAGCAAUGGGGGAGCCAUCCUCUCUUGCUUUGUUUUCUAAGACGCAGGGAGCGUCUCUCUGUCCUUGGAGAUGCUGCCCGCGGAGUGGGGGCCGGUGGGGGAUUUCUCAGACACCUCCUCAGCCAAGAGGCGCAGGCUCCCUACACGCAGCGAGAGGAGGGUGCGAGAGCCCCUCUCUCCUCGGGUUGGCCAGCCCACGGGUUGUUUCUGGAACCACGGGCGUCUUCUCAGUUUCUGGCCAGGUCGCUGGUGUUUGAGUCAGAGCAUCACUGACCGAAGAUCAUCGCUCUUCGUAAAGGUCCGCCAGGCAUCCUGGGCCCCCCAGAUGGUGUGGGAUGGAGGUGCCGGAGCCCACUCGCCCUGCCCCGCCUGCCAGCGGCCAGCCGGCUCCUGCUCCUGGCCCCCCGGGGGCCUCAGGUGGGCAGACCUCGCCUCGCCUGACCCUGGGCCCCGUCAUUCUGCCACCGGAGCAGGGUCUGGCCCCUGCUGUGUUCCUGAAGGCUCUGCCCAUCCCGCUGUACCAUCCAGGGCCCCCCGGCGGCCUCCAGCCUCGUGCCCCCCUGGUGACAGGAAGCCUGGACGGCGGUGGCGUACCCUUUAUCCUCAGCCCCUUGCUGCAGCCUGAAGGCCCCAGCCCUACCCUGGUGGGGAAGCCGGCGCCCCCGACGCUCACCGUGAACAUCGUGGGCACGCUGCCCGUCCUGUCCCCGGGCCUGGGGCCCACGCUGGGCAGCCCGGGGAGGGUACGGAACGCCGGCAAGUACCUCUGCCCGCACUGUGGCCGCGACUGCCUGAAGCCCAGCGUCCUGGAGAAGCACCUGCGGUCCCACACGGGGGAGAGGCCCUUCCCGUGUGCCACCUGCGGCAUCGCCUUCAAGACCCAGAGCAACCUGUACAAGCACAGGCGCACCCAGACGCACCUCAGCCACUCCCGGCUGUCCUCGGGGUCGGACGGUGGUGGGGGCGGCCUGCCGGACGAGGGGGACAGGGCUGGAGAGGGCUCCAGACUGGAGGGCACGGGGGACGGCUGGGGCCAGAGCCGACCUGGGAGGCCCCUCUCUCCAGGCGCCCAGGGCGCUGGGCGCUGCCCUGUGUCCUCCACGCACCUGCCUUCUGUCACUAAGACCCUGGCUCUGCAGGCGGAGGCGGCUCCCCUUCUGGGGUCCACACUGGCCGACAGAGAGACUCCCGUGGACCCUGCCCACACGGCCUCCCCUGGGCGCCCCCUGGCCGGCACCCAGCUGAGGCGGAAGUUGCCAGAGCAGGCGUCCCCGACUGCCGGCCGGCCGGGGCAGCAGCAGCCGGCAGCGACGUCCUCGGAGAAGGCCCGGGACGCCAGGGCCUUGGAGGGCCGGCUGAGGAAGUGCGGGAGCACGGACUCGGGCUACCUGUCCCGCUCGGACAGCGCGGAGCAGCCGCCGGCCCCCGGCAGCCCCCUGCGCGGCCCAGGCGACAGGGAGACGGCCCCGGGGCUGGAGCGGCAGCUGGAGCAGCGCAUCGCCUGGCUCAUCUCUCACAACCAGGCCGUGGUGGACGACUCGCAGCUGGACAGCGUGCGGCCCCGCAAGACGGUCCUGUGCAAGCAGGGCAGCAUCGACCUGCCGGUGCCCUACACCUACAAGGACUCCUUCCACUUUGACAUGCGGGCGCUGCCCACGGGCCGGAGGCAGCCCGCCACCCUGGGCUCGGCCCGCUCCACCUUCACGCCCCCGGACAAGGUGCGGCCGCUCUUCUUCCACUCCGUGCCCACGCAGCUGUCCUCCACUGCGGCCUGCGUGCCUAUCACCAGGAGCAACUCGCUGCCCUUCGUUGAGGGCACAGGGAUGUGGCGGGAACCGCCGGAGCCCCAGGACACCGGCCCCCGGCGGCAGAAGCCUCUGAGCCCCAGGCCCGCCCCCGCCCGACCAGCGGACGUCCCAGGCAGUCACCCCCGGGCCCUGGUCAGACAGGUGGCCGUGGAGGACCUGCCGUGUCCCCUCACUGGAGACGGCCCGGCCUCCGCAGAGGACCCGGAGGGCGGCAGAGCCGCGGCUGGUGAGGGGGCAGCCGGCAAGAGCAGGGCAGCCGGUCAGACGUGUGGCCGGAGGCGGCUGCUCCCCCAGGACAAGUGGCAGGUGUAUGGGAAAGAGACGUUCAAGAGAAUCUACCAGAAAAUGAAAACCAGCUACCAUGGAGGCAAGAAGGCAAGGGAGGGGACGGUGGGGAGUGGGACAGAGCCUGGUGUUCCUCUCCAGGGAGAGGUCGCCGGGGACGGGGUCACCACCCCUGCCCAGGAUGGGAGGACCCCUGUCCGUGGGGACACAUCUGUAGGGGCCAAGCCAGGGCCUUGGGGGUGUGCACUGGCCCAGGAGGGCUUCCUGGUGACGGAGUCCCCCGUGGAGAGGGAGAUGGUGGCUGGAGCAGGAGGCAGUGAGCAGCCCAGGGUGAGCAAGGCUGCCUUCCCCCCGACUCCGAGCUGCAGAGAACCCCCCUGUUUGGGCAGCAAGAGCCCUCGGCUUCCUCCAAAUGGGAGCCUGGAGGUGGGGGCUCAGCUGCCCCCGGCACCCGGUCCCCUCGAGGGAGGUAGUCUCGAGGCUCCCAAGCCGGUUUUGCCAGACUCUCACCUGGAAGGAGGCACCUGUGGUGGGGGCGGCAAGAAGGAGACCUGCCAGCAGUCCCUGGCGGUGCCAAGGCCACCCAGCCGUGGCCCCGGGGAGCCCCAGCCUUCAGAGGACAAGCUCCCAUCCGAGAGGAAGAAGCCAAAGGUCGAGAAGCAGCAGUCAGAGCCUGUGGGAGCAGAAGCAGAGACCCUGGGUGGCCCUGUGCAGGCCACCUCCCCGCCGUCGCUGCACCAGGACAGUGACCCCGGGGACAAACCGGGGGAGCUGUGCAGGAGUGCUGAUGGCGUGGCGGGGGGCAGGGCCGGGGAGCCAGGGAGGCUGGCAGAGCUUGGCAGCGGCUCCUCUGCUGUUCCUUCUGUGGCCCCGAGGCAGGUCCAGCAGGACCUGGGUCCUGCGGCUGCAGUCUCCGGGGGGCCUCACCCCCAGUGGGCCCCUCGGCCCCAGGCCCCCAGCAUGCUCACUGCCCAGGCAGACGCUGCCUUUCCCCCCAAGUACCUGCUCAGGCUGCCUCAGGGUGAGGCCUGCACCCCACCCUCCAUCGCCCAGGGGCCCAGACAAGCUGGGGACCCUCUCUGCAGGGGAAGGUGGCCGGAGGAACAGCCAUCCUUUAUUGGGCCAGGGCUGGGGACCCGCCUGCCUCCCUGCCCAGCCACAGGCUUGGCAUCUGGUGGAGCGGACAUCUUUGAAGGGGCUCCUGGCUGGGCCAGGCCAUGGGGCAGGAGAAAGGGGCUGGAGAGAGAGGAGAAGCCAGACUUGGAUGCCGCCACCCCGGCUGCAGGGCAGUCCACCGGGGCCCCCAAGGAGACGACCUCCUUCCUGCCUACCCCAACGUGUGCCCCCUGGAAGAGUGGGACCCCUGAGCUCCGACACCUCUGCACAGGCGGCCCUUCGGUGGGGUCCGGGCCCUCCGGGGGUGUCCUGAGUCCCUGUGCCCUCCGCAGGGAGUUGGGCGGGCCCCCUGGGAAUGCCCCCAAAAACCCGCCCUCGGGGCCUCUGGCCGGACUCCGCUCCUGCUGCUGCUUCCUCACGGCCCCCAUGUCCCCGGGCUGGCCAGAGCCGGCCUUCUGCACCCACUCAGAAACCCUGCGGGGCUCCGGGGCCCAGGGCCCUUUCCCGUCCUUGAGGGCUGAGCCCCGACUCACCUGGUGCUGCCUGAGCCGAAGCCUGCCUCUGCCCACAGAGCAGAAGGAAACGGCCGCUUCUGUCUACUUGGCCCUGCACUUCCUCGGUGGCGGCGCCGGGAACGAGGCUCCAGAGGCCCGGCCCCUGAGCAGGGCGGCGGCGGCGGGAGGCCGGACUCCGGCAGCCCUGGGAGAAGGCGGGCAGGUGCUGACGGCAAAGCUCCUCUGUCCAGUGGCCCCGGAGAUGGUGUCCCAGGAGCUGGUGUCUGAGCCCGAAUGCAGGAAGGGACCGCCUUGGAGGAAGACUAAGAUGUUCCGGGGAAGCGGCAAACAGAAGAGGCUGAGCAUCAGGUCCAGAAGGCACAGAGGGGGCUUCGUACAGAGCCCCGUUCCGCUGAGAGGGGGCGGAUGGCGCAGGCCUCCCAGGGCGCUGAGGAAGGACCGCCGCCUCCCCCCGCUCGAGGGGCUGGGCCCACGCAGGACCCCCAGGAAGGCUUCGGAAAUAGCAGGUUUUCCUGGCUUCAAUUCCGUUCCUGCCCCACACCUCCUUGGCCCCUGUAGGUCGUCUGUGCAGAAUUGUGCAUCUGCCUCAAGAUCCGUCUCCCACUCCAUCCUCCAGCCCUCCUGCAGGUGGACCUUCUGGGCCUGCAUCUCGCUUUAUGAAGGCACGUUGUUGAAAUCUGUACACGACCGAGCAUUAGCGUCCCCGAGCUGUUUCAGGCCAGCCCCGUGCACUGAGUUUGGAGAAAAUGUCUGAGAAAAGAAAGGAGUCAAAACACAGUGCUCCCGUCUCAGGAGCAGCGUGAUGACAGGUGGUCUCUGAAGUGAACGCUUUACCUGAUGACACACACACAAGGUGCAGUUUCUGACUAGCAUGUGGAGGGCUGACAACCCCCAGCGUAAAGGCAGAUGCUGCCUGUGGUCACUCAGGCUCUUGGCAGUAGGUUCCUUUUGUGAGUUGAUUGUGGAGCCUCGGAGCUGACCUGUCCCCCCGCCCCGUCCUCACCCGGGUCCCCCUGGACCGUGUCGAGAAGACACAGGAGGGCUGGGGAGAAGUGUCUCCAGGGCCCUGCUCCCUGGAGCCUUCGCUCUCCUUCUCUGACAGGAGCUAAUGACUUCUCCACGUCUUUCCUCAUUAGAAUUAAUAGCAAGGUAUUAAUUCUUUCCCGAAAGCUAUUAGUUAAGUCUUAGCGCUCCAAAACCACUGAAACAAGAACGUCUCCCUCAUUCUAGGGCGUAAAUCUUGAGAAGAGAGGCCGCUGUGGGUGUGUUGGUUGUGUUCCAGGGAAGGGACCUGCAGACCAUUCUCCUUUAGCAACAAGAAGGUUCUGGAAUAAUGGCGCAUGAAGUAGAUUGACAAGGUGCAGCCUUGGCAUUUGUAACGUUCCCAGUGGCAUUUGUUUUAUAGUCUUCUCCUUAUGUGAUUUCAUAAUCCUGUUUUUGCUGUGUUAUCUUUAAGUCACACUCUUGCCUGGACACGGUAAAACUUUUAACUGAAAGCAAGAUUUUGAACCUCACUUUGUACUAAACGCAAUUUUAGGUGAAGAAUUUCUGCGUGGGAAGGGCUGUCGCCGAUUGCCUUUCAUCAGAGAAAUAGAAAAGAGAUGAAAACCACGGAGAAAAGUGGUUUCUGAAGUAAAAGCCGUGUUUGUGAUUACUUAGAGGCAGACUUUGAAAAGACUGCAUUAGGAGAGCACAGAGACACCAAGGCUGUACCUGAUGAAGGCAUUUCCGUGUUUCUCCCCCGCACCCCCUCCGCCUGUGGAACUGAGGUCUUGGCCUGCCGCCCGCCGCCCACGGGCUCAUGAUCCUUCUCUGAUUGGAACCGACAUCCUCCGGGCUCUGCCUGAAGGGAACAAGUCCUGCCUUCCAUCAUCCUCAGCCAGAUUUUUUUUUCUCCUCUGCAGAGACCCUAGAAAUGAAAAUUGUAGUAAGAUGGAGGGAAGCAGGUGAAUUGACUUGCAAAACAAUUUUAGUGCGGUGCGCGGCUUGAAAUGGAGACUUAGACGGUAUCGCUGGACGAUUACACGAGUGAAGGACAGUGGCUUGGUGGAGAGACAACCGGCCUAAGCAGGCGCAGUGGCGGAGCAGUCCUGGGGUGUGUGGUUCUAGGCUUCUCCAUGGGUCUGGGUGGGGUCACCACCUCAUGGCUCCUUCCGCUUUUCCCUUCCCAGUGUUUACCACAUAUUCUUAGUGAAUCUUCUGCGUCAUCAUUUGCUGGUGGAACUGUUCCCCCAUUAGACUGUAAUUUCCAGGAGGUGUCUGCCUCAUUUGCCACUGAAUUAAUCGCCAGUGGCCCUCAUGGUUCGUGGUGCAGAGCAGUGGCCGUACUCAGUACUCAGUGAACAUGGGCUCGCUGAAUCUUUAGGCUUAAAACUAUGGGCUCACAAAUGGGCUGGACAAAUACAGACUCCAAAAACGUGGACUCAACAAAUAGUUGAAUAAAUGGACAAAGACCUGCCCGUUUAGCGAUUGCUUUUGGAGUUCUGCUCAGCUUUUCUCCAACAACUGCAGACUUUAGUUGCUAACACAUUGCGUGUCCUUCGGUGGCAGGCCCGCUUCUGGACCGUUCUAGGAGAUCACUCCUGUGUUCUUGUUUAUGAUUCUAGCUUGCCUGGAAGACCAGCAUGGUAGACUCCUUUUCAGCUCUUCCUUACAGAUAACUCAGAGCCUUUGGACUCCCAAUUAAUGGAGUUUUUGGUGUAUUGGGGCAACCGAAGGAAAUGCAUCAAAUUACUUACAUUUUCAGAUAAUGAUUUUUGAGUAAUAGACCUAUUAGCAUUUUAAUAAAGCCCAGGAACAGAGACAGCAGGGGGACGCCUGGCACCGAAGAGGUCUACGCUUCUGUUGUGAGUUUCAUCAGGCUGCUUCACUCCAUUUUCUUCCUAAUUAUCUUACAGUUUCUGGUAGCCUUUUCAAGAGGGCUAAAUUUAAAUUUGCUACGACGUUUUUAAGCAGGCUUUUCCUCUCAGUGUGGCUGGCCAAUUAUUUCUGAGGGAAAUUAUUAAAAGCACAGCCUUUAAUCAAGGGGGAGAACGAGACGGUGCCCAGAGCUGGGCUGAGCGGGUCAAGUUUGUGCAGAUUGCACUAAAGAUGGCAGAGCCCACAAUGACUGAGGAUGGAGGACGUGAGUCACAGAGUGACGCGGUGCUCUCAACAGGAGCACAUUCUCUGCUUUAACAUUUGGCCAGGGUGCUACUUACUUUUUGAAAAGGGCCAUUCAUUUAAAAGCAAGUUAGCAUCCUUCUUCAAUAAUCCAAAUUAGUUUAACACACUUCAGUGACAUUAUUUGGGCAUUUUUCACAAUUAUUAAAGAUAACUCACUUUUCUCUGUAGACUGUAGGUCAAAAGCAAAUUAAAUCAAUGGAUUUUCUUCCUUCGCUUUCUCCGAUGAGUCAGAAAGCAUUGGUCAAAUGCGCACAUGGCCUUUCUGCUAAGCUUCAGAAUCCAAACAACCUGCUGAGAAGACAUUUGGCCAAUCUGAUUAUUUUCUCUAUACUAAUUGGUUUUCCUUCUUCAUUGAAUUGAAUGAAUCGCCUGGUUGUUUUGUCACUGUGGGGACACAGCUUAAUCCACUUACGGUGGGGUGCUUAUGCUUUGGUAAACUAUGGGGCUCGAGAAACGUUUAUCAUCGUUAUUAUCUUUUGGUGAUUCUUCUUGGGGGAGAAUGAAAAUCUAGCUUGAAUGCAUCCAUUUUCUCCGUUUCACUUUCUGCUGCCUUUGCUGUCUCCUCGGGUCACCCUGGCGAACUCUGCUGUCCGGACAGUAGCCACGUUGGUUUCUUCACGGUGAAUGUGGAGGAAUGUCUGAACCCCUUCCCGCGGCUGCCCGCACCCCAUGAGCCCCGAGCCCCUGGGGCCUUCCCCACCCUCGUUUGGCCUCCUGCCCCCUGCUUACCACCCCUCCUUGCACUGGUUCCUUAAUCCUCAGGGCUCCUUCCCACCUCGGGGUCUCUGCGUCUGUUCUUCCUCAUCCCAAAUGGCUUUCAUGGGUUGGUCCUUUCUUGUCCCCAAGGUUUCAUUUCAGAUGUCACGUGUUCAGAGAAACCUUCCUCAAUUAUGCGAAACAGUCACCCACCCAGCACUCUCUGUAAUAUGCCGUCAUUGUGACUCUCUGUGAGACCUGUUUGCUACGACUUUCUGGAACAUGCUUACCUCCUCUGUUUACUGCCAGGCCCUGUCACAGCCUCCCUGUCAUGUUUAGUGUCUGUGAUGUCCCCACCUUUGAUUCAUCUCUCUCAUAGCCCCUGGCACAACUGGAAGUGAGCAGGUGACUUGACUUCGUUUCUCUCUUGGGGGUCAGGGCGCCUUUGCCUUGCUCUCCAGUGCUUUGGGGCUGAGCCGCGUGGUGCCUAUGUCAUCGAACGGGUGCAGACAUACUUGUUGAGCAAAGGAAUGAGAUACCGAAGGCCUGGUUCUGUGUCAGUACGCAGGUGCUCAAGUGAAAAUUGUAUUAAAGGAAAGAUUACUACGUCCUUCCCAAGCUGCUGCACUUUCUAUAGAUUUUCCAAGUUGAUUUACUCAGAAUUAAUGUACUUGAUAAUCUAGUAACCUACCCCUCGAGAUAGAAGUAGCAGCUCUGUACUUUCCAGGCAGGAGCGUGGAGGCCAGCCUGAGAGUUGGGAAGACCCAGAGAACUCCUGGAGGGCUUCCCACUCACACAUGGCAACCAGAUGAGCCCACAGGGCGGCCCCGGUUGACAGACUGCACGUGUAGGAGCCCCCAAGCAGUUGUUGAAUGCCUGUUUUCUAACAUAGGCAGAUAUCAAGACUGCUGGAUACCUCAGGAAAGUCUUCCAUUUGAAAGAGAAAAAACCAAAUGAGAACGAAAGGAACUUGGAAGAGAGAGAGAGACUGUGUAGGGAGAGGCAACCUUCAGCCUUAACAGCAGGGACAACAAGUCAUUAUUAAUCUUGCCAGCGAUACAGCAGAAGAUUCUGGAACCCUAAAGUGAUAACAGGUGCUCUACCGAAGAGAGUCAUAGGCUCUAAGAAAUUAAAAACAUGACAGAAAUAGAAAAUUAUGAGUUAGAAUAAGAAGUUGAAGGAAUUCUCCCAAAAGUAAAAUAAAAAGACGCCUGGGGAGUAGAGAAAAGAGAAGAGAAAGGGCUAGACAAGGGAGCCCAGCAUCGCACCAAGAGCAGGUUUAGAAAGAGGGAAAAGAUGAAACAGAAGGAGAAUAAAUAUCAAAGAAAUAACGACAUAUCUCCCCCCGAAACCGAAGGCCAGGACUCAGAACGAAAGGGCACGUUGAAUGCCCAGACAAUAAAGUAGACCCAGGACCAUGGAGACGCUGAACAAAGAGGCGUCUAGGAGUUUCCAGAGAGACGAGACACAAAAAGCUUUCGCCCAAAGGAUCAUGAAUCAUAAAUCAGGUUGGCCCCAGACUUCUUAACAACCAGAACUCAGUGGAGCUGUGUCUUCGGUUCUGAAAGAUAAUGAAUUCUAAUUCAAAAUGCUGGACCCACACCAGUGGCGGAUUAAAGUCUAAACGAUUUUAUUUCACGCACCCUUUCUCCUGAAGGUGCAGGAAGGGGUGCGUCAGGAGAGCAGGGAGGAAGACGCGAGGGGCCCCGGGAACCAAGGAGGCGAGGAGAAGCGCCACGGUGCCGUGGAAGGGGAGCCAGGGACACGGCUGCACAUGGGCCCGGGGAGCAGCAGUCCCCUGGGCGCAGGCCAGAGAAUUUCCAGAGAGACCUUUCUAAGGAAAGGAGAUGAAAAUGCUAGACAAUCAAGAAAAGAGGUAGGAGGAGGCUUUAGUGCUAGGGCUGUAGAAAACUAAGCAGAAUUUGGGGCGCGUGGGUGGCUCAGUCGGUUAAGCCUCCGACUUC